CCUCCACGGUGCCCCGUCCCCGGAAUGGCGACCCGGAUAUCCCUCCGGGAGGCCCCGAACCUCAAAUCCCUGCCAUCUAAACUGCUAGAGUAUACUGUCUCAGCAAAACCGUGUGGCGAGGGGCAAGGGGACCUUGUCGCAGCGCCGGGCUCCCAUCCUCCACCUCCCUCACAGUGGAGGACGCCCAGAGAAACAGGAGAGGGUUUAUUUGCACGGACACGGAGUUCCGGGUUGGAGAUGUCCUACCCUGCGACAAGAAACGUGCCGCAGCCCUAAAAACGUUUCCGAGGCUAAAACGGAAGUGUCUGAGCUGGACGCGCGGGCUAGGCCGGAACUUGGAGGGCGGAGCUUGUGGCUAGGGCGGUGCGAGCCGAGGGGCGUCCGCUCCCAAAGCUAGCUGGGUAAGGCCCAAGAUGGCGUCUCUUAUGGUCAGACCCGUGUGAGGCCCCAGCUGAGACUGUGUCCUUUACCUGGUCUUUGAAAUCUACACCUGGUCCCCAUUUUUCUGUCUGGUGCGGGGCCCUGUCGAGGUAGACGGGCGCUAGAGUAAUGGCAGGGAGUCUCCCUUGGGUGGCAAGUAGGAGCCUGUGGGGCUGGAUGCCCUUGGCGUGCAGAACCUUCUCUCUGGGUGUACCGCUGUUGACCCGUGUGAGGCUUACGCUGCCGCCCCCGAGAGUGGUUGAUCGCUGGAACGAGAAGAGGGCUCUGUUUGGUGUCUACGACAACAUCGGGAUCCUGGGGAACUUCGAAAAGCACCCGAAGGAACUGAUCAAGGGCCCGGUAUGGCUUCGAGGCUGGAGAGGAAAUGAAUUGCAGCGCUGUAUCCGAAAGAAGAAAAUGGUUGGAAGCAGAAUGUUUGCCGAGGACCUGCACAACCUCAACAAACGGAUCCGCUAUCUCUACAAACACUUUAACCGGCAUGGGAAGUACCGCUAGAACGGAGAACUCGAGAAGACGCGCUUGUCACUCUGGAGAAGGGGAACAGGACCUAUCCCUGCAAGGACGCGCAGUGCGCUCUCUUACGCGCAGUGCGUUCUCUGUGAUAAAAUGGGCCGUCUUUGGGAUGGGAUACGCACACUGUGUGUUCUUACAGUGCUAUUUCUCACUUCUGCAGACUGAAGUUUCUCACCGCUGAGUCGUAGGCUCUCUAAGACCUUACUUAUUUACAACCCAAUCAUACUUUCCGUCGUAGAAGUACGACAAUUUAUUGUUGGCUCUUUCUGACAUUGGCCCUUCAUGUUCGGUGAGGGUUUUUUUUUUUUUUUUUUUUUUUUUUAAUGUUAUCAUGGAGACAAAACCCAGGAAUGGUCUCAUUCUAGGGAAAUGCUCUGCCACUAAGCUACCCAGCCCCUUGGAAGUGUAGUGAUGCUGCUGUUUCUAAAGAGUAUGACAGGGCUGGAGAGAUGGCUCAGUGGUUAAGAGCAUUGCCUGCUCUUCCAAAGGUCCUGAGUUCAAUUCCCGGCAACCACAUGGUGGCUCACAACCAUCUGUAAAGAGGUCUGGUGCCCUCUUCUGGCCUGCAGACAUACAGGCAGAAUAUUGUAUACAUAAUAAGUAAAUAAAUAAAUAUUUUUAAAAAAAGAGUAUGACACACCAAAAUGAAGUGGGAAAGUGAAAUUAUACGUGUACUGUUCUCAUCAAAACAAAUGAGGUUAACUUCUCUGAGUAGAGAAGUAUUUCAGAGGAUGACCUUUAACCACAUCCAGUUUUGUUUGUUUUUUCUAGUUUUUUUUUCGAGACAGGUCUUCUCUGUGUAGCCCUGACUGUCCUGAACUUACUCUAUACCCCAGGCUGGCCUCAAACUCACAGAGAUCCACCUGCCUCUACCUUCUAAGUGCUGGGAUUAAAAGGCGCCUGGUGAACCACAUCCAGUUUUAUGGAGUGUUAAAGAUCACAUUAGGAUUUCCUAUGUGCUAGGCAAGCACUCCUCCAACUGAGUACCUCUUCCUUACUAACAAAAAAAAAAAAAAAUGUGUGUAGUAGGGGGGAGCAGAACGGACAGGGUUUCACUAGUUCUGACCUGGAACUCACAAUAUAGACCAGGCUGGCCUCUGACUCAGAGUUGCUUCUGCCUCUGCCCUGUCUUUUGAGUGCUGAGAUAGAUGUAUGCACCUCCACACCUGGCUUUCUCACCUUUUUAAUAAUAGUAU